AUGUCGGACGUGCCGGCCGCUGCCGUUGGCACCCGGUUCAAACCCUCCGCGGCCGGGGGCUUGGCAAGCGGCGAUGGUUGCCUCGGCGCGGCUGAACACGACGAGAAGAAGCGCCUCUCGCCGCCGCCGCCGCCUUCAGAGAAUGAAGAUUCAUCUCAGAGGUCAGAGCAUACAACUCAGAGAGCUACCACUUCAGAAAAUGAGGACUCGCAGUGCAGGCUGCAGAAUGGAUCACCUGUAAAUGCAGAUACCACAAAGGAUUCAGGAGGUGCUGAUGGUAAUCUGGAAGAGCAAGAUGUAGAAGGAAAGGAGGAGAUCCUAACUGAUCAACCUCAGCACCCAAAAGAGGAGGCUGUGGUGCGGAUGACAAAGUAUCCUGCCCCACAAGGACCAGGUGAUAUAGUCAUGAUACAGUCUGAAUACACAGGUGCAGUGGAUGUCCUCUCAGCAGAGCUGGAAACUACAGAUCUGCUCGGUGAACAGAAAAAAGCUAGGCCACCUCCUCUGAUUCCACCAACUACUUGGACAAGCUCUAAGAUAAGGGAGUUCAAAACAAAGAUGGCAAAGGAGAAGAAUACCCGAAUGGUAGUGAAACGGGGUGAGGUGUUAACAGUUCGGGUGCCUACCCACCCUGAUGGAAAGCGUGUCUGCUGGGAGUUUGCCACAGAAGAUUAUGACAUUGGCUUUGGGGUCUAUUUUGAUUGGACCCCCAUUACUAGCACUGCUAUUACUGUGCAGGUCAGUGAAUCAAGUGAUGAAGAAGAUGAAGAGGAAGAGUUUGAAGGACCUAUUCCUGUUGGUGAUGUGGAAAGGGGCUCCAAAAGUUAUUUGCGGAACCGUUAUGGGGAGAUCAUGCCUGUCUACCGAAGGGACAGCCACCGGGAAGUGCAAGUAGGCAGCCAUGAUUAUCCAGGCGAAGGCAUCUACUUGCUCAAAUUUGACAAUUCAUACUCCCUCCUGCGCAACAAGAUUCUCUUUUUCCAUGUCUAUUAUACCAGCUAAAGAAGUAAAUAGGAUUUGGAACAGGUAGGACAUAAGGCACCGAAGAAAGCUGCCUGCCAAAACUUAGUAUAACAGGUACCACCUGUUGGCUAAAUCUUGUACCCAUCUCUAUGCUUAUAUGCAGAUGACCUCUUACUUCUCUGUCCUGCUGUUAAGGUGGUGCAAGUGAUCGCUGGCAGCUCCACUUUAUUUUAUGCAGGGAUUUUAGCUACAGCAAGCAAGUCACUGGACGUGAUGUUCAGGUGUCUCUUUUCUUUUCUAUUGCACUUACACAAGUUGAAAUAUGCCUUUUCUUUUUGGGAAAAUAUAUUAUCACCUACCCUGCUGGCUGCAAAUAAUCACUAGGAUCAACUGCCAAAGCAGCCUGUAGAACUCUGUUUAGAACUGCAUUGUUACUGUGAUGUGGUGCACUGCCAUUUGCUUGGUCUCUGGGAAUCUUGUGAAAUGGAAUGUACAUAUACCAUCCAGGCCACUGAAGCCUUUCUUCUCUCUUCUGGCUCCAACAGCUGUAGCAUGUUCAGUGCAAGGAAUAGCUGGUAUUCAGUUGCAGAUAUACAUAUUUGGAUUUCGCAGCUUGGCUAAAAAGAGUCCAAAAUGCAUGCUUUCUGUCUCAGAGGGAGCAAAACAAGUAUGGGACAGGGAAGGAUAAACCAAAUCAUUCUGGUUAUGGAGAAUGGUUAAGAAUGUCAUCACCAACAAAGGCAUCCCCCUUCCCUUCCCACACAUCUUUUGGGGCAUAAUGUCAGUCAGUUGGUGUUUUGCAUGAAUUCAGUGCAGCUAAAGACACGGGUGUCAAAUUCAAAUUGUCUGGAGUGCCCAAUUCCUUAUUAAGUGGAUGCCCAAAGGCCAUAUUUUUUUUGGCCAAAAAAGUCAACUUCAGUGAAAACAAAUAUAAAGGUCACUUCAACUAGAUACUAAAAGUGAAACAAUUAGUUCUCUGCAGUUCUUUUCUUACAUAUUUAUAACCUGAAUGUGAUAACAUAAUUGUUGUCCUUGUGUGUAUUUGCUGUGCUAUGCCUGGUGCCCCCAGGAGCAAGCAUUCCCAGCCACAGGUAAACUAUUUACAUACAGGCAUAUGAGCACCCAGCUCCCACCCACAGCCACCCACAAGUUAGUACUAAUGACAGAAAUGCAGUGCUGAGGCAUGCAGUAGCAAUCACUAACAAGUCAGCCCCUUUGCUGUAUCAUGGGCAUUGAACUCCUAGCCUUGAUGAUUAUUCAGUCAUUUGUGUGAAGUAUGGUAUGCUAUAAUGCCCACAGAGGGCCUGAUUUUUUACAUCCCCAGUUUAAGAUCUCAGGUCUUUAAGACAGUCAAUAAGAGCUUCUCUCCAGGCAUACCUGUAUAGUUAUUUGGCAAUGGCCUCUGAAAUCCAAUCUUGAAUACAGUAUAAGCAUCACAGCUACCUAUUCCAUUUCAGAGGUUGGCAAUUGAAUCACCUGUCAUUGACAGCUCAGGUCUUAUAGGGUGUAAAUGUGUAGCUCAUGUCUCUGCAGCAGAGGACUUGCAAAUGUAUAUAUUAAGAUUUUGAUGCAAAUUUGAAUUUGCCUUUAAAUGUUGGUUUAAUGUGUUUGCUUGGCUCUUUGCAUGAUUGCAGCAAACACUCAUGGUAUAGACAGGAUUUUUGGACACCUUCCCAGUGGGAUGCCUUUGUUGAUGCAGGUUUAGUGAUGGAAGGUAUAAAGCCAAAGAAUCCACAUUCCAAACAGGCAGGAUGAUUCCUUAACUAUGCCAUAUUAAGUACUUUGCCAAGCAAGGGAAAUUGUGUAGCUAGAGAAGCAAAUAAGGUAGAGAGAGACUAUUGUUUCCAGUUAUUCUUUUUAACAGAGGAAAGGCUGAGGGUGUAAAAACCAAUGUCUUUCGAACUUUGUCAAGGAGAACUGGUAAACAAGUGCUUCUCCAAACUGAAAAGAGGGAUAUAGGUGCAGCUACCCCCUUACCCAUUUUGUUUUAUUCAAGGUAAGGUUGGAGGAAUGGAGAAAUAUUUCACCCAUUCCAGACUACUAGCAUGAAAAGCACGGGGCUUACAAGAAGCAAUGUUUGGUUGGUUGGGGAUAGGGAAUGGCAGGCAUUCCAGCAGCAACACAAAUGGCUCUUCUGGCUUAAAGGACAGUGUGUGUGUUGUUUGUUUCUCCAUAAAUGACAUGGACAGCAGCUGCUUCUUGAAGGUGGAAUUGUGAAGCCAAAGAAGAGGACUCCACGUGUUUCCUGAUUGUAUAGGCUCUGGACAGCUUUUUAAAGACUCUCCUAUCCCUGAACAUUAUUUAUAGCACUGUUAUUUAUUUUUGUUUCAGCAUUUUCCCCUUUAUUCCUUAAUCUCUUGACAUCCCGCACUAUAAGGAAUGCACAAAGCUCUCUAUAGAUGUGCUCAUUUUCAACAGAAGGGCCUUGCUUUAUUUGAGGCUUAGGAAAUGAAAAGAUGGGUGUUUGCCUUACCUAAGGUUCUGCCCAAAGAGGAAACAUAAAAAGAGAAAUUGUGUAUAUCACGUAUGCAAGUUUGAACUAAGUUUGUUUGUUCAUAAUUACACAGUUCUCUUAUGGGCUGGUUUGUUUUUGUCUCUUAAGUAAUAUUAACAUCACUCCACAGCAAAAUAAAACUUUAUUUGUUUGCUAGAAGUGUGCUAGAUCAAAUUAAUAGUUUCUCAAAUUGUACUACAUGUUCUGCCUACAAAUACAGAAAGUGGGACCUCCUUACUAGCUGGAAAUAAUUGAUUUUGGAAAAGGCGAAGUGGAGCAAGUUAAAACUUGCAAUAGCUUUCAACUGAGCAAAGGCCUUUCACAUUUUCUUCUCCACAAUGUGUUUAACGACAAAUUGGUUUUAACUCCAUUCUUGUUGAAUUAAUUUUAAAAUUGUCACUUUUGGAAGCCCAUCACAAAGGUAAUGUAAUUUUUGAAAUAAUUUUUGAAGUUGAAUGCCAGGGCAAAUUAUUUAAGGGGAUGGGAUAUGCUGUGUAUAAGUCUUUUUGUAUAAGCUCAUGAUUUGGGUCUACUAAUGCAUCAAAGUGCAAACAUUCCUUCCCCCAAGAAACUGCAGUAGCGUGAAUGUGUAUAUACAUAUCUGUAUAUGUAUAUAUAUUUGUGUGGGUUUUGGUGAUCUAUCCAGAUAGUGCCAGGGCUUGCUCAGACCUGCUCAGCUACAGUCCAGAUCAUAAUGUGUCAAUAGUCUGUCUUCCUUCACACCAUGAAGAAAUAAGAGCAGUAAAAAUCUGCAUGCACUUUUUGGAUUACAGAAAAUCAACGAAGACCUCUAAUCUUGAAACUAAUGAAUUCUGUGGGCAACAUCUAGGGCAAACACACAUGCUUGUCUGGACUCAAGUAACUUUUCAACAUUAUAUGUACAUUGUUGUAGGAUGGAUUUGAAAUGGAACUUCAGGCAUCAGGAGUGAUCAACUAUAACUUCAGACUGAGCGGUUGAAAGAUGGGGUAGAUUUUUUUCUAAAGUAAUUAUAUGAGAACCUCAUAACUGAUGCACUUUGAAGCUGCCUCACUUGUUCUAUAUGAUGAAUGUGAAGCAACUGGCUAAUUCAGCCACUUUCAUAGGGCAGUGUACAAAAGUAACAUGACUGAAUUAGAAUGGAAAAUAUGUAGCAAUUAAAGGCAGAAGCCCCUGUCAUGUCAAACACCCAACUUGUGAUCUCAGGGAUUGAGACCUAGUUAAAUUCUCAAAAGGGUUUUUAAAGUUUCUUCUUGUUUUGCUUCUGCCUUUUACAAAAAUAUUAAUUAAGAAUAUUUACAAUCCAUAUAUUUACAUCAAGCACAAUUUGGUAAAAAUUCUAUGUUCUUUGCCUUUUGUAGUACAAAGAAGCAUGCUAGACAGAUGGUCAUCUGGGGCUAAUAAUUUUUACUGAUCCAUUAAUGCUACUUGAUGCCUUGUUUAUCUCCCUAACCGCAAUGCAAUUGCCAGGAAACUGAUUCGCUAAGAGAUGUGUGAUAUAAACCUAAGGUUGCAAUCCUGUACAAACUUAUCUGGGAGUAAGUCCAUUGAACUUAGUGGGAAUUACUUCAGUGUAGAGAUAUUCAGGAUUGCAUUGUAAGUCUCCUAGCAUCUCAAGGACUUGAACCUUCGAAGCAUAUUCCUGUUUCCUUUUCUGCAGGCCCUAUACUAUAGUAUGAGAUGAGCCUUGUUACCAAAGCAGUUUGGGGGAGUUCACAGGGAAGACAAGACCUCUUCCCCUGACUACUUCUUGUAUAUCUUGUUUGGACCAGAAGACAGUGUAAAUCUAUGGUGCUUCAUCCCCUAAUCCUCAGCACCAUGGUUGUCAUUGGGAAAUUGGUGGGAUGACUAUUCUAUCCCACUUUAAAGCAUGCUUUGACCUUAAAUGGCCAUUUUUAUUAAUUGCUUGCUAUGCCUGUGGACAAGGAAAAGUCCUGCUAAGCAAACCAUAUAUUCUUUUAAAAUGCACAAGCAGGCUCAAAAUACUGAGCCUCCUUAAGAAGAAAGCAUGACAGAUGUCUGGGAACCCUUGGCCUUGGUCAUCACCAAGUGAAUAGUGGUAGUAAAGAUCCAUACCACCUUUCUCUUGCUAGUUCAUUGUGUCAUCGGAUGGCUCAAGGAGGUUGUGUCACAUAACAUAAUGGCUAGGAUCUGAAGGGCUGUGCUAGCUCAGUGGGAAUUCUUGAACACCAUAGCCCAGUGCCAUAUUGAAAUGCUAAAGGAAACUGCCUUAUUUGGACUUGAACUGUUGGUCUAUCUAGCAAAGCUCUUUCCCAGCCCUGCUACCUGAUAUCCUUUAACUGGAGAUAGCGGGGACUGAUGUUCUUUACCUGUGUGCUUUGGAGUCUGGCUGAUAUGCCAGUUGUGGAAUGAUCUCUCCCUUUACCAACUAGAAUAUGUUGAUAGUAGCAUUUUAGAAUUGGAGCAACAUUGAGAUCUGAGCUUCCCGGAUCUCAGCUUACGUUUAACAAAUCAGUCUUGUAAUGUUGGUCCUACAGAAUGAAAAUCACGGAGCAAGUUACAUUUAAAAUGCUGAAAAUGAGCUUUUGAAUUACACAGAACUCUUCUCCCAGAGUAGAAAUAAAAUAGCUGGAGGAAUUAAUUGGACACAGCCCCAUGAAUAUUGCUGCUAAUUUGGCUGUACUUUGAUUUAAAGUCUUUUUUUAAAAAAAACUACAUUAAUUGAAAUACAUGUGAGUUCUAUUUUGAAUAAAACUAUUGUAUAAUUCCAAAGCUUGUGUUCAGCAUUUUAAAAAUGUAGUUGGCAUCACCAGCUAGGGGCUGCCUCACCUGCUCUGUUUCAUUGGGCUGGUUUGCACAACAUAGCUGGCUCACUCUAGAUUAUUUAACCUGUGAUGAGCCAUGGUGCAUAUUAGGCACCAUUUUGAAAAUGCAAUCCCAAAUGGGGGUUAUUGUGUUGUGGGAACCUGGACACUGAGGGUUAUUUGAAGGUUGAACAACCCUCACCUAAUCCUGCAACAAACUGGCUAAACCCAGACAUAGGGAGGCUAGGCUUUAUUGAACAUAGUGGACAUUAAUCUUGGCCAUGCGACUGAGCUGCAAAGUUUUUUAGCAGUAGCAUUUAAAUUCAGAUAUUGUGGUCCAGAUGAAAUGAAUAGACUUUUGUUAUCUGAAGUGAUCAGCCUCUAGCUACAACAUGCCCUUCAGUCAGAAUGACAGCUUGAUGCUCCUUUAGGAUUUUUUGUCUGUGGGGAUGUGUAUUUUUUUCUUAAUCAGUAAUUUUGUGCACAAAUAUGCUGCUUGUAUCCUCCCAAGCAUUUUUUCUUAAACUGAGAAGGUACUUUAAUAAGCUGUGGCACUGGAUCAUAUGUUCUGGUAUUGGCUACAUAAAGUCUUUCCUAGUGUGUUUGCUGUUCCUUUCAGAACCUGGUUAAUGUCUGUUACUUUGUAUGAAGUAGUUGUUUGUGUCAG